AUGAAAGCACACAAGAAUAAAAAAAGGUAUACACAGCGGCUGCACGUCCUCCCACUGAAAGUGCACCUCUCUAACAUCCGAGGUCUGCACUCCAAUCUCGAAUCUGUCCACCACCACCUAGAAACAGAAAAACCGCAGCUGCUGUUCCUCACUGAGACGCAGAUCAGAUGUCCGGCUGACACGGCGUACCUCAGCUACCCCGGGUAUUCUCUGGAGCACAGGUUCAUACCUCGUGCCGGAGUCUGUGUGUACGUCCGUGAUGACAUUUGCAUCAAGCGUCUUAAGCACCUUGAGACAUCCAAUUACUCCAUCCUAUGGGUUCUGGUGGACACAGGACAGGAGAAAAUCCUGUAUGCCUGUGUCUACCGUUCGCACAGUGGAGACGUGGAGACAACUCAGUUAUUUAGUCAUCCUGGGGGAUUCAACGCCCACCACCAGGAGUGGCUGUACCCAUACCAGGUGACCGACCAUGCUGGGAGAGAAGUGCGUAAACUAGCCUUGACGCUGGACCUCACCCAGCUUGUAAAUUGUGCUACCAGGGUACCAGACGUAGACUCUCAUACCGCCAACUGCUUAGACCUAUUUUUAACAACUGAUCCAGACAGGUACUCAACAACAGUUUCUGCACCACUGGGUACUUCUGACCACUGUCUGGUAAAAUCAAUAUCCGUCUGUUCCCCACCCGAAGAAUCCCCAUGUGGCCCAAGACGGGUGUGGCGAUAUAAGGCAGCGGAUUGGGAUGAGAUGCGUCACUUUUUCUCGUCCUAUCCUUGGCGAGAGGUAUGCUUUUCUUCUGAUGAUCCGUCGAGCUGCGCUGAAGCCAUUACCGCGCUUAUACGCCAGGGUAUGGAAUAUUUUAUACCAUACUCUGACGUAGCGACGAAUGGAGAAGCUCGCCCAUGGUUUGAUGCGGAAUGCUAUCGUGCAGAAGCCAAAAAGCGGUCGGCAUACACUGCAUGGGCUGAAGCUCGAGCGCGCAAGUCUCCAAAUUCUCGGAAUUUGAAGAAAGCUUUUAACCAAGCCGCCAAGGCAUGUAAAAGGACGUUACGCAGGACUAGAUUCAACCAUAUCAGCCGCAUUGGGGCCAAACUAGCUUCUUACCCUUCUGGGAGCAAAGCGUUUUGGUCUCUGGCAAAAGCCGUUGAAUCUAACUUUUGUCGGCCGUCACUUCCACCAUUGCUGAGGACUGAUGGAUCACUGGCCCACUCUGCGAAAGAGAAAGCGGAUUUGUUUGCAUCUCUUUUUGCUGAGAACUCGCGUCUGGAUGUUGCAGGAAAAGCUCCACCAAUCUCAACUCGUGCUGACUGCAUUAUGGCAGAAGUACGCAUACGCCAAAAAGAGAUCCUUAAAAUCCUGCAAACUCUAGACGUGAACAAGGCCAGCGGACCGGAUGAAAUAUUUCCAAAUGUAAUAAGGAUUUUUCUGUGCGGCGUUGAAGGUAUGAGAUUUGAUUUAUCGCAGCGGGCCGAGUAA